AUGGGAGACUCCGAUGCAACGCGCCAAGAUGGCGCAACGAACACCAAUGCAAAGAAGCAUAUCUUGCUGAAUGCGUUUGACAUGUCAACUGUGGGGCACCUGUCUCCCGGGCAGUGGAAGAACCCCAAGGACAAGUCUGCAACGAAGCGAACAUUGGAAUACUGGAUCGAGUUGGCCAAAUUAUUGGAGCGCGGGGGAAUCAAUGCGCUAUUCCUGGCGGACACAACUGGAGGCCACGAUACCUAUGAAGGAAAGCUGGAUGAGUGCAUUCGUCGCGCAGCUCAAUGGCCAGUGACAGAUCCAACGAUUCCCAUCUCUGCCAUGGCCGCCGUGACCAAGAACCUCGCGUUUGGAAUCACGGCGUCAACGUCCUUCGAACAGCCUUUCUUGUUGGCUAAGCGCUUUUCCACUUUGGACCACUUGACCAAUGGUCGGUUGGGUUGGAAUAUCGUGACCUCAUACAAGAAGGCAGCUUUCAAGGCCAUUGGAGUCGAUACUCCCAUCGAGCAUGACGAGCGAUACCGCCAGGCAGAUGAAUAUUUGAGAGUCCUGUAUAAACUCUGGGAGGGUUCAUGGGCCCCCGACGCACUGUCCCCUAAUCCCGAAGCCGAUUCAUACAUCGACCCGGAUAAGGUCCGCCAAAUCAACCACAAGGGCAAGUAUUUUGCGCUGAACACACGGCACAUUGUCGACCCAUCUCCCCAGAGAACGCCAUUCCUAUUUCAGGCCGGAACCUCGCCAGCAGGGUCAGAUUUCGCCUCGACUCACGCAGAAGCCAUCUUUGUCUCUUCUCAUUCGCCCGAGGUGUUGCGACCCAAGGUUGCAAAGAUUCGCGAACUUGCUGCCGAGCGAGGUCGUGACCCUCAAUCUAUCAAAUUCUUUGGCACCUUCACGCCCAUUGUAGGCGAAACCGACGAAGAGGCGUGGGCCAAGUACGAGGAGCUGAAGAAGUAUGCAUCGGUGACUGGCGGCCUGGUGCUCUUCAGUGGGUGGACGGGCAUUGAUAUUUCCAAGAUUCCGCUCGAUCAGGAUCUUACGGCUGCAGACUCAUUGGAGGCCAACAAAGUGACCAGUCUGCUGGAUUCGCUGCUCAAGACUAGCAAGGAUGUCCCUCGUUGGACACCUCGCAUUGUGGCCGAGAAAGCUGCCAUUGGAGGUCUUGGCCCUGUGUCUAUUGGAAGCCCUGCUACAGUUGCUGAUGAGAUGGAACGCUGGAUUCGCGAGGCAGACCUUGACGGCUUCAAUGUGGCCUAUGUCACCACACCGGGUACCUUCGAAGACGUCGUAGACCUGCUGAUUCCUGAGUUGAGAAGACGCGGUCUAUACCCGGAGCUCCCAUCUCCAUCAGAGCCAGCUCUCACCGCCAGGGAGAAAGUGUUUGGCAAGGGUCAGAAGGAGCUUCGGGCUGACCAUGUUGGCACUCAGUAUAAGUAUGAUGUAUAUCAAGAGGAGGAGCCAUAUGAUGGCAGUGAAGCUUGA